AUGAGUCAAAUGACUUUAAAAGAUCUGAUCACCUAAAUUAGGAAGGUGAAAAAUUAAGAGAACAAAUCUAUAGGAGCAGUAUUAAUCUAUAUAAUAAAAGUUUUUACAAUUAAUUCGAUAAAGGUAUGAUGUAAAGGAUAAGGGGAAAUGCAUGAAUUUGAUAGCUAGUGGUUUUGCAAGUGUACUUUUAGAAGUAAUUUUCAAAGUAUAGCAAUUAAUUGAAAUUUAGUUGAAUGUCAUAGACGAAAAUGAUAGAAUGGAAGCAUUUUUAUUUUAUAGGGAUCUAUUACAAUACGAAUAUUAAAACGCAGAUCGAUAAUUAAGAAAGUCAGAUGAUUAAUUAGAAUCAUAUAGACUCAUCAAAUUAUUGCCUAAUUAGUUAUAUGAAGUAUUCUAGAACCCCAAUAAAAUUUUAGCUUUUUUUGGAUGAUGGAGAUGAAGCAGCCAUUUUUAGUAAUUUUAGCAGAGAAUGGAGCACACCAAAUUUGGUCUGGACCUAAAUGAUGAUGAAAGAAAUGUUGCUUAUUUAUAUUGAGUAAUACAAAUGUGAUAUGUAGAUAUAAUAAUCAAAUUUUGAAAAAGCUCUCUAAUGAUUAUGGAUAGAUUUUCCCCAUAAAUUAGCCAUUGUACUUUGUAUAAUUUAUAAUAGAUUUCCUGAAUAACGGAAUGAAACUUUUGUUGAAAAUAUGAUGCUCAAAGAGUAUAAUCUCCAACCAAAUUGGUAAAUUGAUGAAGGACUUAUUGUAUUUAUGAAUGAAUUAAAUGAAUCAAUCAAUCAAUCACUUCGACUAUAUCUAGAUGGGAACUUCAAUAAUACUGAAUCUUCUAUCAGAUAAUUUGAGAGAUUAACUUGCAAAUUAUUAACCCAGCUUACAUCUUUUGAAUUAGCUUUGGAAUAGUUUUUUUUUAAUUCAUCGCACCCUGAAUUUGAAAAUGAAAUGAAAUUAUUGGAGGAUUAUGAUUAAUCUCAAAUCGAUAAAUUACUACAAGAAUAAAGAGAUACUUUUCCCAUAACAAUUGUGAAAAGUGUUUAGAAGUGGUUAGAAUUAAUCAGUGCUGACCAUAUUACUAUUAACCCGUUGAUUAAGUCUUGCUUAAUUCAAAUUCAUAAUAUACUCUCAUAAUCAGAAGUAGCUUUAGUUAUUAUGGAUGAAUUUGACAUUCUUCACAAAUCUUUGAAUUUUUGUCUAAAAGUUAUGAAUAGUCAAUAACAUAAAUGUAACAUUUAUAUGAUAUUUUUAAGAUGAUAAGCUGUUAGCAUUAGUGACGAUCUGCGAUAUGAUCACUUUUAAAUUUUUGAUUUCGAAACUAGACUCAAAGCAUUUCAAUUAAAUAUUAUAAAUCUAUUAGACAGUAAUUAAGGAGGAUUAGAUGAUAAUCCAUGCUUUUAAAAAUUUGAUAGCACUCAUUUAUACAGAUAACUCUGUUUCUGGUGAUUUCAAUAAGUUUCUGUUGUAAGAAAGCGUGACAAUCUAAUCAAGCGAUCUUAAAAUUUUAUAAAAUAAAGAUUUUAAUAAAUUGAACUUAUGGAGAAAAUAAUUUGAUGAGAAUUACAAAAUUCCAAUCUAUGAAUAACUAUCAAAAUCUACUAAAGAAUAUCCAGUCUUUCCUAUUAUUUCAGAAUGUGCAAUAUAGCAAUUACCAUAUAUGUCUGAGAUUCUAGAGAAUAGAUUGAAAAUGAUAAAAAAAUAUUAUGACGAAUAUAUUUCCAAUUUGUAAUCAGAAAAAAUUAUUGAAAUAAAUAUGAAUUUAAAUUCAUAAUAUGAACCUUAGACUGAGCAAAUUUCCCUUAGGCAAUCGACAGUUGUAAAGGAAUAAUCAGACCAAAUAUUAAUAGGUGAAGAUGAAAUAUUUUCAUGA